AGAGUUGGGAAGCCAAGAAGCCAAGCCGGGGAAACCCCAGGCCCGAGGGUCCGGCCCAGGGUGCAGUUCUUGGUGGACAGGGAUGUCGUCAAGCCUUCCAGCUCCUACCUAGCUGGGCCUUGGCGUCAGUAAAUGCGCCUUGACCCCUACGCACAGAAGAUGCGUGAUAGGAUGUGAUCCUUGCUAAUGACUCCAUACUUACUCUCAUAAACACUCGUACUGGACUAUUCUGCUGAUUGAUGAACAAACAUUAAACAGUUCGGAUGAACUGGUAUUUUGGGAGUUAAUGGAUCCAGAAGAAAGCCUUGAUUCAGACAGUACAGAAAAAUCACUGUCUUCCUCACAGCAACUAUAUGAUGAUGAAUCCCAAGAGCCAGAGGAACUCGGCAUGGAGAACCCCCUCCUACAGCCUGCUCUCACAGGGGAUGUAGAAGGUUUGCAGAAGAUUUUUGAGGAUCCUGAAAAUCCACAUCAUGAAAAUGCCAUGCAGUUUCUCUUGGAAGAAGACAUUGUUGGGAGAAAUUUGUUGUAUGCAGCUUGCAUGGCCGGGCAAAGUGAUGUCAUUAGAGCUUUGGCAAAAUAUGGCGUGAAUCUGAAUGAGCAAACCACCAGAGGGUAUACACUCUUACACUGUGCUGCAGCCUGGGGUCGUUUGGAAACUUUGAAAGCCCUUGUAGACCUAGAUGUUGACAUAGAAGCUUUGAACUUCCGGGAAGAAAAGGCUCGAGAUGUUGCUGCUCGAUACAAUCAGACUGAGUGUGUUGAGUUUCUGGACCGGGCAGAUGCAAGACUGGCUCUGAGAAGAUAUAUUACAAAGGCAUCUCUACUACUUACAGACACAGAAAAGUGGCCAGGGAAGCUCCUGAAGGAAGACAAGAACACCAUCAUCAAUGUAUGCCGGGUAAAGAAUGAGUGGCUGGAAACCCAUCCAGAAGCUUCCGUUAGUGAGCUUUCUGAGCAGAGACAGCAGAUGGAAGAUAUUGUGACUCCCAUUAUUAUAAAGCUGUCUACCCCACGUCCGGUGAAAAGUGCCAAAUCUGCAACCUAACAGUGAUCAGAAGAGAAGUCAAAAUUAUACUGAGCACACCCUUUGUAAAAGUCUGCAUUUUCUUCUAGUAGCAGGAAAGUCAAAUCUAUUCAUGCCAAUUGGAGUCAAGAAAAAUAGAUGUUUUAUAAAAAUAUUUCAAGUACUAACUUCAGCACCCUUACUUUGUUUUACCUGUUCAGCCUCUGGUCUAAUCUGGAACAAGAAAAUAUUAAGAAUUGUCUUCUGGUUAUUAACUAUUAUCUUUUUGGUCCAAAUUAAAAUUCACUUCUAAGGUGGAGGAGGGGUAUAGUUUCUAGGUAAAAGUCUUGUUUAUCUUUAACUUCUAUUUAUCUUUAAAUUAACAAAAGUACAUUCUGAGUAGUUGUAUAUGUAGAAGCUGUUCCAUGCUCUAGGUUUGGCAGUGUUAAUUAACACUGUACCAGAACCCAUGCCAUUUCUUCUCCUGUCCUAUUUUCAAUUUCUUUCUUUCUUUCUUUGACUCAGCCACCAUAAUUAGUCACAUAUUGAUCUUUUUUUUUUAAUUGUGAAAAUACUGUACAGAGG